CCCCUGGCCCAGCCCCAGGAAACCGCAGAUGGCAGCUGACGUUUUCACGCUAGAAUGUCAGGGCUGGGUCCCCACCGGCUGCUGGGAUGUACGUGCCUCAGGGCCGCCUCUCCUCUGCGCCCGCUCCAGGCUGACCCCACUCGGAACUGAGCCUGGCCCUGGCCCUGCCAACCUGGACCUUGCCUGACACCCCACGAGCCCAGCCUGCCCCCGGCCCUCACGGUGCCCACUCUGGCCUUGGCAGCACUGGGGUGGGCACUGCGGGGGCCUAGCAGGAGCUGGAGGCCCAGGCUCUGUCGCUGAGUGACAGGGCGAUUAUGCUGUCACGGGCCAGCUGGAACUCUGUCCCCUGCACUGAGAGGCUGAUCACUGGGGAGGCCCCAGCUGUGGCCAGCCCGGUGCCUGGCAGCCCACUGUGCCCACCCAGUUUCAAUGACCAACGUGAGGGUCUCCAUUGUGGCCCAGGAGACCGGCACGGGCCGGCAUCCGGAGCCGGGCAGCGGCCAGCCCGGCCCGAGCAGGGACAGAGGCCGGGCUGUGGACCUCGUGGCUGCCAUGUGAAAGCACAACCAGCCCCAGGGCAGGGGCGACGGGGCUCGCCUGGCGCCUGCUCACCACCCUCAGCCGGCCCUGUGGCCAUGCCGACCCCGGUCCUGGGCCUGCUGCCUGCCUGUCUGGGGGACACACUCCAGCCGUGGCCCAGAGGCACCCAAAGGCAGGGCCCCUUCUCCCCCGGGGCCCCGAGGAGAACAAUUGCCUGGAAGGCUGGCAGCGAGCCCAGGGAAGACGGGCUCCGUCCGCCCACGGCUGAGGAUGACCUCAUGGCUGUGCUGAGGCGGCCUGCGCCCUCCCUGCAGCCAGGCCCAGUCCGGGCAGCCCCCCACGUGGCCCAUUCUGACCACACUGAGGAGCCAGGCCCCCGGGGGGAGCCCCGCAGCCUGCCCGUGUGGUCCACUGGACAGGCCAGCAAUGGGGACAGCUCGGUGUCAUCGGGCCGCCUCUCCGGCUCCUCAGGGGGCCACAAGCCAUGUGUGCCUCCCUCCGGGCGCUGGCAAGAGAGGCCCCCCCAGGUGCUGGGGCCCCAGCGGCAGCCCAGAAAGAGCGACCCGCGGCUGGAGCAGCUGAGGGACAAGAUCCGGGCGCAGGUGCGGUGGCAGGGGAGCUGCGCCUCCCUGGGCACCACGGCACCCUCCAGCGCCUCCAGCCUCUGCAAAGCUUCCUCGCAGGUGCCUGGGAAGACCGGCAAGGUGACAAACGCCCUUCCAGCCCCCCAGCACCCAGCCGAAGCGCUAAGGGGGAAACCCAAAAGGGUCACAAGCGGUUCUUGCAAGAGACAGAAGGCCCCCACGUCGCCCUCCCUCAGAAAAGCUACGAAAGACAAAGAUUCUGAGCUGGCUGGUGUUUAUGGCUGGAGAAAAGGGCAAGCUCUGGCGAGGCUGCUGCUUGGGCCCCCUCCUGGCCUCCCCAGGCCCCAGAGCAAGGCAUGCUCAAGAGACUCAGCCCUCGCUGUGGAAUUAGGGGACAGCAGGAAAGUUGUAGCUACCGGGGGCUCACCUGUCCGUGCCCAGGCGCCCUGUCCUGUCUCUGCCCGCAGCAACCAGCAGGUGUCUGAGAACACGCCCAGCCUGGCUUCCUGCGACCAGCAGGCGACAAUCCACACUGCCAUGGCCAUCCUACGGGACCUGCGCCGGCAAAUCCAGGCUGGGCUGGAGUUGGCCCAGCGCCCCAGGGGAGGGCGGGAGCCGAGGCUGCAGGACGUGGCAGGGAGGACACGGCAGGGUCCCCGCAGUGCCCCGGGUGCACAGGGCUCCUCCUGCAGGAGUCCUGGGGCCGUGACAAAGGGGAAGCCCUCCUCUUUAGUGAGGGCUACGAGCUUCCAUGCCUGGCAGCCCUGGAGUUCCUCGGCCAAGUGGGAGUCCGGUCCACAGAGGGCCAGGGCGGCCCAAGGACAGUACUCCUCCUUCCAGAGACCCGGGAGCCCCCCUGAGAGGUGGGGCUCCUCCUCACAGAGGCCCUGGAGCGCCUCGGCCGGGCGGGCCUCCCGUCCACAGAGGGUCUGGGCAGCCCAAGGAUGCCGUCCCUCCUUCCAGAGGCCUGGGAGCCCCCCUGAGAAGCUGAGCCCCCCGCCCCAGAGGCCCUGGAGCGCCCUGGCCGGGCGGGCCUGUCUGCAGAGGCCCUGGACAGCUUGUGAAGACGGGGAGGCCCCUGCCCCCGGGCCGUGGAGCCCCCUGGAAAGGCCGAACCCUCCCGCCCAGUGGCCCUGGAGCACCCCCUCCGUGCAGAGGGCCGGAGCCCCGUGCAAGGGCAGAGGCGCCAUCUCCCCUUCCCUGGGAGCCAGGCCCACCUGGCCCCGGCCCUUGCGGAGUGUCCCGCGGAACCCACCCGGAAAGAAGGAUGCGCUGCCGCCCAGCCCGAGGCCCCGGGGGCUCCUGGGCCACCAGCACAGCUCCGAGUCUUUGCGGGAGUUCAUGCGCCAGAAGGCACAGGCGCGGCGGCAGCAGGCCCUGGAGGAGAAGGCGGCGGCCGUGCGGACGCGGGAGCUGAGACAGCAGAGGCUGCGGGAGGUGUACAGGAAGCAGAGGGAGGCUGUCCUUGGCAGAGCCAUCCCCGUGGUUUCGCAGACCUCCCCUGGCAUCGUGACCUUUGUCCCCAGUUCUGCGCAGUCUGGGGUACGUGCCAGGGACCUGGAGUCACCAGCGCUGCAGUGGAGCAAGGUGACGUCUGGCAUGGUGCUGGGGGACCAGGAGGCCCCAGGCAGCUUCUGCCUGUGUUUGAACAGAGCCUGCAGCCACGCUGAGACCCUAGGGCUGCCCGGAAGGAGAGGCUCCCGGGACGGCCAGGACGGGGCCCCUCUGCUGCUGCCGACUGCCUCCUCCCUGAGCCACCUGCAGCUCCAGGACCUGUCCCGGGGACUGUGCAUCUACCUGGACCCCCAGGAGGCCGAGCGCCUCGGCACGUCCGGGCCCCUGCACAUUCAGCACAAGCAGGCGCGGCUGCAGGCGCUGGAGACCACGGCCAAUGUCCUCAAGCGGCGGAUUGACAGCCUCACCGCCAAGCUGCGCAGGCCCGAGGUGCUGGAUGCCGUCCCAGACCUGGCCUUGGACCUGCGGCCCUCGCGCCCCAGCACCAAGCCUGCUGUCCCCAUGCUCACCGCGCCAGCCCGGCCCGGAGCCCUGGUGCCCAACAGGGGCAGAGGGGCCCCCCAGGACUGGGUGGACAUGCAGGUCCGGCCCCUUCCGUCCACCAACUACCUCUUGGACGGGGAGACACUGUCAUGGAGCCCCGGCGGGGAGCAGCAGAGCGAGCAGCUGAGGGCCCUCACCAAGGGGAAGCUCGAAGGUUUCACGGACGAGGAGUGUGAGGAGCUGGACAAGAGGCCGCAGAGGAACGUGGCCGCCCUCCGGGCCCUCAGCACCCUUCUGGGGAGCUCAGCCGGGGCGCCAGCCACACCAGACCCUGCCUGGAGCUCCCUGCAGCUGGAGGAGCUGCCGUCGGCCGGAGGGGCCAGUCCGGCGAAGCCCUGGCCCACCCGGAGCUGCGGUCAGCAGGAGCCCGGCCAGCCUCGUCCUGGAGACCUGUGGGCCGCACGCCUCGCCGACAUCCGGCAGAAGUCCCUGAGCUUUCUCGAGUCCCUGAAGCUGGCCCAGCAGACGCAGGGGCAGGCGCUGGCCCUUCUGCAGCAGCGGGCGGAGCGGGAGGCCUGGGAGACCCAGACGGCCCUGGACAGGCUGCUCCUCCGGCACCAGCGGCAGCGGCUGAUGGAGAGACACUCGGCCCAGGCCAGGCCGGAAACGGCUUCAACGCUGGAGCAGCUGCAGGUCUGUGGGGACCCAGCGCCGAGGACAACUUCUCAGAGGACCACGAUGGCCAGACCCCGGUCACAGCCACCCCUGGGCACAGACACCGCUGUAUCCUCGACCGAGGAAGGACGGGCGAGUGUGGCGGGCGCGUCAGCCCCUGCAGAGCUGGGAAGGCCUGACCAAGCCCCCUCCCAGCUGCCCCUGGCCAAGCUCUGCCCUCCGGACAACCCUACCCACCAGGCGAGGCCAGUCUCUGGGGAGGCCUGGAAGCCUGGCGGUGGCGCGGCUCGGUUGGUCUGCCCGCCCCAGAGGAGCCCCGCGAGGCCCCGAAGCGCCGAGCCGGGAGAUUUCGGAGCCUUGGGCCGCUUCAAGCUGCAGAUGCUGGAGCAGAGUCUGCGGGAGGAGGAGCUGCGCGCGCAGCACCAGGCCGCGCUGUUGCGCCUGCGCGAGAUGGCGCUCGAGGAGAAGACCCGCGCCGAGCUGGUCUGGCUGGAGCACAAGCGGGGGUGUCUGCGGAGCAAGGAGGACAAAGCCACGCUGGCCAUCCUGUUGGAGAAGCAGCAGCAAGCCCUCACCACGUUCGAGAAGGAGCAGAGGGAAAUCCGGCACCUGCGGAACAUCCACCUGUUCAUGCACCGAGACAGGAAGUUGCUGCUGCAGCAUCAGAAGGACAUCCUGUCCCUGCAGAGGUCCAUGGCCCACCUGCAGCAGCAGCUGCAAGCCACGACCAAGCUGCCGCAGAGUUCCAGCCCCGAAGGCAGGGCUGCCUGGGAUGGGGGCCCUGAGAAAAGCCAGCAGCCUGAGGGGCUGGCACAGGGCUCCCCGUGCCCCCUGACACCACGCAGGCCUGGCAGCCCCGCCAGCCACCACUCCCGGAGCAGCCCUGCAAGCCUGGAAGUCACACACCUCCCCACUGAGCAGCAGGACACAGCACCUGCCCAGACCACUUCAGACACCGACGGUCACCUACAGCCUCCGAGGCCAGCAUGGGGACAGGACACACUCAGCGCCCUGGGCUGGCUGGUGGAGAGUGGCAGUCAUGUUGGCCAAGAGCCUGGGGAGCAGCCUCGUGUCCCUCUGCUGGGUCUUCAGCCCAAGAGCUCCCUGGACGUCGGGCAGGAGCCGGGCCCGGCCUUUCCUGCCGUAGUGGCAGAGGAGAGCCACCCCACAGCUCAGUGCAGCCCACGGGAGGCGAAGGAGCCACCCCCAGGAGACCCCCAGACCCAGCCCUGCCCCUCCUCAGCAGAGGAGCCCGGGACUCCGACAGACAGCCACGCGAGGGGCCUCCGGGCUCGGAGCCAGCACUCCCAGGGCAGAGGGGGGCCUCGUGGCCCCCAGGAAGCCAGUCAGGCGGCUGAAGGCAGCACCAGCCAAGCCCAGUCGGGGUCGGGCCCGGGUCUUGCCAGGAGUCCCGUGGGGGAGCCCCAGGACACAGAGAGCUGGUGGUCGGGGGCGCAGAGGACAGAGGCCUGUCUGCAGGACCUGGGGGUUGCCCCCGCCCGUCUGGAAGACACCUGGCUGGCCACCUCUCCAGCUCCUGUGGCCCCUGAGGAGGAGGCGCCAAUCGCCCUGUGCCGGAGCAGUGCCCUGCCCAGGCCGCCUCCUGGGGACCUGAGCUCCGCGUCUGCGUCCACAGCCUGCUCAGGGUCUUCGAGAGCCCCCGUGUCCUCCCCUACCUCCUCGGCGGGCUCUGUGAGCGGCCUGUCCUGCCCCUCCAUCCGGGAGUUUCAGAAAGCGACCGCCAUUCUGGUGCAGCUUUCCGAGAGCCCCGUCUCCCUGUCCAGCCUGGAAGCCGAGGACACGCCGGGUGACAGCCUCAGCUGGUCUGGGGAGUUCUCUGCGCAGAGCUCCUGCGAGGAGCCCGGCCCAGCUCUGUCCUGGGGGCUCCACCGGGGCGAGCCUCGGCAGCAAGGUGUUCCUGGGGGUGGGGGACAGGGGACCCGGCCCCUGCAGGGCUCCUCCGUGGACGUGGUUGUGGCGGGGCACCUGGAGCCGGAUCGGAGCCUCCUGCAGGCGGGUGGGCCGUUGCCUCUCCCGGAUGUGCCCUCCCUGGGGUUGGGGUCAGAGCUGUCAGAGGCCUCUAGCAACGUCUGGGACGAGGACAGUGAGGAGAGCCUGCCGGAACCCAGUGCGGGUGCCAAGCCAGCAUCCGGAAGCUCCUCCCCAGCAGACGGCUCAUCUGGCCUUGAGGACGCGGGGGAGCCCCACAUGGCUCUCCCCUCCCUGGGCCCUGGGGAGGGGCAGGAAGCCUCUGGAACCAGCGAGAGCCUGACCAGUGGAUCAAAUACAGGAAAAGCCAAGCGGCUGUGCCCUGAGGCAGCCUGCAUGGUGUUCCCAUCAGCAACCUCCCCCCGCGGUGACUUAGACUUGCCGCUGGCCUGUCCUUCGGGGACCUCGGCAUCUUCAGGGGUGGAUCUUGGCAAAGAAAGACAGAUGCUGCUUCCUCAGGCCACAGCUGGCCACCGGGGUGGGCCCUGGCGUGCUGAUCCAAGCUUAUCCACCCAGAGGAAACCCCUGCAGGCCCCUCCUGGGGACCCCAGUGGGCUGGCACCCCUAGUAGCCAAGGGCCAGGGACCUGGGCCUGGCGGGGACGCAGCCUCCCCUGGCCUGGAGGAAGCUCAUGCCCCGCGUGCUGGCGGCGUCUUGACUGAGAUCCUGUCUCCCGUCGAUGAGGUGCUGUCCUAUGGCAGCUUUGACCUCCCGUCCUCCGCACACGGGGACGCCCACCUGCCCCCACCAUCCCCCACCCCGCAAGCAAAGAGUGACGAGGAAGACGCCAGCCUGAGCUCGGAGGACUUCCCUUCCCCACCCGAGGAAGCCGCGUUCCCCGGGGCCUCGCGGGGCGCCCAGGGAGCAGACACCUCCAUUACCACCGAGGACUUGUCCUCUUUGUCCGAGGAGGGCCUGCCGGAGGCACUGUCCCUGCGACCCCAGGGGUCGGGGCUCUGCCUGGGGGCGGCCGGGCAGGGCGGGAGCUUUGAGGACCAGUCGGGUGAAUCCUGUGCUCUGGUGGGAGGGCAGGCUGGAGGCAGCCAGCGGUCUGAACCGGUCGGCUGGCCGGGGUUCCUGCGUGAGGGGGCAGGCAGUGUCCCUGGGCCGCUCCCAGGGCCAUCGGCACAGCCUUCAACUUCGUCCCGAGAGCCCUGUGUGGCUGGGGAGGGCCUGCCAAGGCUGUUGGCGGCUGGUGAUACAGACAUGCUGUUUGGCACUUGGCGGGGGGACCUGGAACCUACUUUGGACACAGGGUCCUGGGCUGGCAUGGCCCUCGAGGAGGCCUCAGGCCGUCGGGAGGGGGCCUGGGACAGGGUGCAGAGCUUCGAGAGUGCAGCAUGCCCGGGAGGGUCGGGGCAUCUCUUAGUGUGCCCGGAUGAGCCCCUGGACGCCAUUUCAGCUUCUGCUGUGUCCCUGGGCAGCCACACCUGCUUGGCCGAGACGCCCCUCAGCGGCCAAGACCCCACAGAAAUGCCGGGUGAGCGCAGAGCAGCCGCACCCCCAGACCCCCGGCCUGUGGCCCCAGCAGCCCCUCCCCCAGGCCGAGUGCCCGUGGGGGCCAGUGGGCAGGCCGGGUCCCUGGGGCGGGCUGGGGAAGGGGGCCGAGGGAGCCCUGAGCCGCGGGGCGGAGGCCCAGCCGGGGGCCCAGGACUCGCCGGGCAUGGCGAGGGAGGCGGUGGUGGACCUGGUCUCCACCCGGCUCACCAGGAGGGUCCUGCGCGACUCCUUAGCGGCUCUCUGGGCGCUGGCCCCGAGGGGCAGCCCUAGGGGUGCUGAGACGGCCUUGUGAACUGUGUGUGCGUCCACGCAACAGCCGCGCGGGAGCCAGGGCCUUUAGGAAGCCCGGACCUGCCCAGGGCACAGGGACCCACGGAGCAGCGCCCUGCAGGCGGCACAGGCGGGCAGCGGCCCCACACCCACUGCUCACUGGCUCUGCCUUCUGGACAGAGGCUCUGCUGCGUCCGUCAGUCCUCGGAGCGGCUCGGACCCAAAGUGACUGAGACACAGACACAGCGGGUCGUGCGGGUGCUGUCCAGAGGCCACUGGUCGGGAGAGGCGCCAAGGCCAGGAGGUCAAGCGAGCACAGUCCAAGGAGCCGGCAGAGGGCGGUGCCAGGAUGGGGCAGCACCUGGGCCAGCACAGGGGCUUGGGGUUGGCAAAGGCCCAGCGAGGAGGAGUGGGGGGGGAGGAGGAGGAGGAGCGGGGUGAGGAGGAGCGGGCGCUGGGCUGCACUCACCCCGACUGGGCGCCCAAGGGCCUUGCUCAGGAAGUCAUCGGUGGGAACAUUCUCCGGCUGUGACUUCAGAAGGUGCAGGCCCUGAUGCCUUUGCUGUUCCAGCAGCUGCUUGCACUGGGGUGACUGGCAUGGGUGCAUCGUGUGCCUGAGUGAACAGGCUGGGGGAAGUGCCAACCCAGGGCCGAAGGUCCCUUCACCCACAGCCACCCCGGUCCGGGGCUUCUCCUCUGGGGCAGGUGGGCCAAGGCCUCGUCCCCUGUGCGCUCGGGGCCCCCUGUGCCUGGAAGCGGGGGUGCAGCUGGUCUCUGCCGGUGCCAGGGACUUUGCCUCGCCUCCGAGGGCUCGCUGGGACCCCAGGGGCCCCCUUUUCCCAGGAACACAGAGCCAGGCGGCGAGACCGGUGCUGCCACCUCCGGGAGAAACGAGAGCCCACUUGCCGGGCAGGCCUCCCGGUGCGGAGCCACCUGGCGCUGUUAUUCAGAGGCGCUGGCAGGCGGCGCAGGUGGCGCUGCGGCUUGUGCGCGGAGGGCAGGUCCUGACCACCAAGCGGGGGCAAGCUCCCCUGCCCAAGAGCACCUGCUUCGCUCAGAACAGAUAUCCAGGCGGGAAGCUCAGGAAUCAUUGUUGAUUCAAGCAUGAGGAGGAUUUCCUGUGGGGAAAGAAGUCUUGAAAAGUUUAAUUGUAAAAUGAAACAGCCCUGCAGACCGUCGGGCCUCAUCUGGCUGGGGACAGGGACCACCAGGGGGAUGGGGAUGGGGUCUGUGUGCGGGGCAGGCUGGCCGGGGACUCAGCACAGUGUCCUCGUGUGCAGGUGUGAGGGCCUGCGGGGGCCACAACAGCCGUCACCUCCCAUAGGAGCCGCCGCUGUAAGCCACUGUUGGGCUUGGCGUAUUGUGGGGGAGGGACAGGCUGGCUGGGGUCCCCGCUGCCCACCCUCUCACAGAGCAGCUCUGCAGCCACGACCCACCGAAAGCCACAGGUGCGCAGCCGCGUCCGCUCGGUUCCUGGCGGGCUGGUCUCUGGGCCGUGUGGGAGGGUGGGACAGGCCUUCCCAGGGUGACCAGGUGCCGGGCCGCGUGUAUUCCUCCUUGAAGGGUGGCUGUCAACAUUCCAGCACACUUGAGCUUCUGCUGCAGGGAGUUCGCUAGAAACAACCGUGACAGUCUCCUCUUAACCAACACACCUUGUUUGUUUUGAGGGCGUGUCACUUCUGCAUUUUCGGUGGUUUUGUGCUGAGUCAUGGCUUCCAUGCACUGGGGAAGUGGCUUUUAAAUGCGCCCGGCAAUCCAUCGCGUAUGGGGGACAGCAGCUCUCAAACUGGGUUUCCAGCUUCCACGCGGUGAGAUCUGCAAGGAGGCUCACUUACACCGUGGCCCGACCUCCCAGAGCUGACUUUCCGUGUCCGAUGGCAGUGUAGGGACGUGCGGCUGCAUCUGUCCUCCAUCAUCCAGCCGUCUUCAUGUCUGUGCACCUUCCACCUGUGCACCUGUCAGCCAUCCAGCCAUUCAGCCAUCCUUUCCCAGUUCGCUUCUUAGAUUGGAAGGCCCUGCUUGCACGGGGAGUCCAGAUUUGGCGAGUGGUGUGUGGCCGAGGAACCUCCAUGCCCCGGUGCUGGUCCCCCCAGCACUCAGCUUCCCCAGCCUGAGAGAGACACGCAUUCGCUAAUUGCACCUACCCCUGGGAGACCCAGAUGUCCAUGUGCACAGCCUGAGUAGGAGACAUCUCCAAAGCUGGUAUCUGCAAGGCCAGGCCAAGCCCCGAGGUGCCAGGUCACAGGACACACACAGCCACCUGUGCCCCCUACGCCAGCCCCUUAGGCCACAUUCGGGCCCCCUGCUGUGAGGCAGGCGCCCCCUCCAGGCGGCCCCUCCCGCGCUGCAGCCACGGCCAGCCUGCCUUCUCCGGCCCGGGCGGCUCCGGGUGCCCACUGCCAAAGCUGACCUUGGCCACCUCCGCUCACUACGGACGCACCUGGCAGGUCAGGGACGUACGGGCUGCAGCCCUCCCUCUGAUGCUGCUCCUGAUACUCCCCAGCCACCCUAGAGCAGGAACGCGGUGGGGUGUGUCCAUUCUCGGCGUGUACAAUUUCAAAACAGAUUUUGAGCUACAGCUUUCAUAUUGAUUUCCUUCUAGUUUUCUGAACAAAUUAGUCUGUAAUUUUUUAUAUUUUUCUAUUUAUUGCUGACCCUUUUGGAUUUAUGAGGCCGUGUGAGAGGAAUUAUGUAUUUUACACACACGUGUUUGUCAUGGCAAUAAAUCUCCCGCGUGGAAACCCCGCGAUCUGCCUCAGAUCCCCAGUUGCCUGUCCCUCCGCUGUGGCUUGGUGCCGACGGCUGGGAUGGUGCGGGGGCUGCACAUGCAGCAGGGACCAGGGAUGCCUUCCCCGGGUGCCGAGCAGGUGUGCAGCGUCACUGGAGUCAUCGUUGGCCUGUGGCGUGGUGCCCUUGAGAGGAGGCUGGUCGUGGGGACCGAGGAAGAUCCAGGCCUGGCCUGCUGCGGCCAGCCGGCGGGGCCGGAGGGGCCAGAGGGGCCAGAGCCGUCGAAGACUCCGGCUGGAGGAGCAGCACAGCCAGCAGGGCCUUGAGACAACUCAGUGUCCCCCAGUGUCACAUGCACAGAGCACAGGGCCCUGGCGCGGAGGUAUCGAUCCCAGGCGAGACUCCAGUCCCAGCCUCCUCCCUGGCAAGGUCUCCCGCUGCGCCUGCCUUGGCUCCCAUCCGAGUCAGCGCUCCGGCCAA